AAGGGGGCGGUGGAGGCGGCGGCCAUUUUGGCUCCGCGGCGCAAGUGACAGGAGACCGGGGAAGAGGGCGCCCCCGGAGCGAGAGCGCCUUAGGCCUCUCCUUUCUCUGUCCGCCCCCCUCGUUCCCUUCUGCCAUGUCGGACACGCUCAGCGGCGACAGCCGCUCUGACGAGACCGGUGAAGAGAAACAGGAUACUCAAGAGAAGGAAGUGGUCAUCCCUGAGAGAGCUGAAGAGGCAAAAUUGAAGGCCAAGUACCCCAGCCUAGGACUUCAGAAGCCUGGAGGGUCUGACUUCUUAAUGAAGAGGCUGCAGAAAGGGCAAAAGUACUUCGACUCCGGAGACUACAACAUGGCCAAAGCAAACAUCAAGAACAAGCAGCUGCCAACAGCGGGAGCAGAUAAGAACCUGGUGACGGGCGACCACAUCCCCACCCCGCAAGAUCUCCCACAGAGAAAAUCCUCUCUUGUAACUAGCAAGCUCGCAGGGUAACCUGCACUCCUGAUGGGGUUUCUGUUUUGUUUCGUUUGGGGUUUGGGGGGGGGAGGGUCCAGCCGGUUGAACUUUGCUGUAUCAUAGAGCUGGGACACACAGAACUCGCAUAGCCACUGGCAAUAUUUAUAGGAACCCAAAGGCGAGACUGGGACACAGUUGCGAUUUUGAUGCCGAGUUUCUUGCAGCGGGGCAAUCAGCUGAGCCAGGCAGAUCUGCUUGCUGGAGCUUGGGCGGGUGGGAGAGAGAACAUCAGCUUUGGUGAUCAGAAUUGGUAGGGGAAGGAUCCACACCCUGUGGCUCUUUCCAACAAGGGGGAAGGAAGCCAGCUGAACGGGCCCCGUAAGUUUCCUGCUAGUGGUGAGCUUGGCAAGAGAGGGCACCAGAAGGAGAGCUGCACCUUGCUAUUCAGGGGGAAGCCUAAGAACGCUUCACAUUUACCGGAAACUUCAAUGUGCCCAAAGCACUCGGCAUACAUCCUUGCAAUCCUUACCACAGCCCUGUGAGGUAGGUCAGUAUUAGUACCCUCCUCUUGCCCUUGUGGCCUGAGAGAGAUUAACUUCCCUUAGGCUACUUGGGGAGGCCAUGGCUGAGGCGAGAUUUGCAGUGGGAGCUUCCCAAAGCUGUGCGGUGCUUCCCCGGCUCUCUUUAAGAGCUGUUGUUCUGGAUCAGGCCAAAGGCUUCUGCCUUGCAUCUCUGUCCACAGGAAGCCCGAUGCCUCUGGGAAGCUCCUCAGGAAAGCAUGAUGCUGAUGGCCUCCCCGUUUGUCCUCAGCACCAGGUACUCAGAGGUGUAGCGCCUCUGGUCUUGGAGGUUCCGUUUAGCUGCAGCUUUUGGUAGGCCUCGUUCACCCAGAAACUCUUUUGUUUCUUCCAAGUCUUCUGAGCCAGUGAAGCUGGAGUGUGACUUGCUAGGAGAAGAAGGCACGGCUGAACUAGGACGCGCGAAGUUUCUGUAGGCCCCGCCUGGGGUGGGGCAGCUCUUGUGCCUCUGCUUCUCAUCAAGGCACUUACGGAGGGAGGCCACGGAGGAACAUGAGCUUUCCGCAAGCAUUUUCCACUACUCUCAAGGAAAGUCCUCGCUGAAGGCUACUUGAUUUUACUGAAGAGUUGCACAAAACUUUUCAUGAAGCAGAAAGCUUACAGGCUUCACAGACUGGUCAGAAACAAAUUGUUCUCACGAGCCCUUCUGGCAAGGGAAUGAAUUGGUAGGGCAAGAGCCCCGUGCCACCACCUGAAAUGUCUGGCGGCCAAGUCAGAUGCGUCUGAGCCACGUGCAUCGUUUCCCUCAGAGGCCAGCUCGGGGCCAGAGGGGGCCAAUUGCUGACUGAGAUCCUCAACUUGAACACAGUUUUGUUCCCCAGUCAGCUUUUGGGGCACAGGGGUGUUCGAAGGACUGUGCGUGUCCUAGUCUCCUGCACCACAGAAAGCCAAGGCAGAGGCUGGAAGUUCUGGCUGCUUUUCAAGGGUUCUGCUCUUAAGGGGGAGGGAGAAAGAGGUAGUGUCAAUCUCUGGAUGCUGUGUCCCGGCUGGGAGGUUCACUCAGCCCUCCAAAACAUAAGUAGAACCUGCUGGAUCGGACCAGUGGUCCAUCUAAUCCAGCAUCCUGUCUCAUACAGCAGCCAAUCAGUUGCCCUGGAGCGGGCCCACUACAAGGCCUAGAGGCCCAGACCCACCCCUGCAGCCCUGGGUUCUAGAGGUUGGCUGCCUCUGGAUAUACCUUCAGUUACCAUGAGUAGUAACCAUUGAUGGACCAAUAAAAUGUCCUCCUGAGCGUCCAAUAAAAUGUUGCCCGCAGGCCUAAGGACUCGGAACUUGCUUUGCGCUUGUUAACUGACGUUCUCAAGAUGUGGAAAUGGGUGCCCUUGGCCAAAGGCUGUGUAGAGGACCCACAGCCUUGUUUACAAGCAGUGGAAUUGGCAUGAAAGAGGGACACGUCCGAGUGCCAAGCGUGAACCCACUGCCAAUUUUUAAGGAGCAGCCUGCAGGGCAGAAGUAAUUUGAUCAAGUUGAGCUCCUACCCCAAGGAAGCACAAAAGAUCAGUUUCUCUCUCAGAAGAGCGAAUCUACAUGGCUGGUCUCUUUAUCUGCCAGUCACUUACCCCUGAGGCGUCUCCUGGUCUACGAUGCUGGGUCAAGUGGGAGAAUUCUGAUCCGGCCGAGUUCUUUACUCACAGGCCUGGACGGCGGAGCAGGAAGGUUGCAAAGGAGUCGCCACGUUCGCGUGUUGUAGCAAAAGAGAGCAACAGUCUGGCGGCCCCUUAAAGACCAACGACCUUUAUGAGCAUCCGUGAGUCACGCCCACCUCGUCAGAUAUGUGGAAAUCAAAAGUGAGCAUGACUCAUGGAAGUUCAUCUAGAAAUAAACGUCGUUAGUCUUCAAUGUGCCACUGGACUUCAGUUUUAUUUUGAACAGGGAAGUCACUAACAAAAAAGAGGGGAUGAGUAGGCUUAAUGGCGGUCCAGAGUGGCACCUGCUGAGAACAUCUAUGAGUUCUCCAAAGAAGCUGCGUAGAACUAAGACUCGUCUGAAUUUCUGCCUGCUGGAGCUCGUAACUUUGUGUGCGUGUAAGAGAAAGUAGCCAGGGGGAGAAGCAAGGAGCCCCGCCUCCAUGACUCGCAGUCUGCUUCAUCUUACUUUCUUGCAAAUGUUCCUUCGCAGCUUUAAAGACAAGGCCGUCUUUCUUUCCUUCUCCCACUGUCCUUUUUAAAAAAAAUGGAAUCUAAGAUUCCCCGCCCCCGAGAUGAGCUCCUGAUUCCAGCGUUGAACUCUGUGUUUACGUGGAAUACAGGCCACCCCAUCUGCUUCCCCACACACUUGGGUGUUUCAGCCCUCGCCGAUCUUCUGCUUGGUCACCCCGAUCAGCAGUGGAGAUUUUAGGGACCUGUGCAGGCUUGCCCUGAAUAUCCACCUUUUAGGCAAGGCACAAAAAAGUACUGCCUGCCUUUCCGAGAACAGCUCCCCAUGAAUCAACCAGAUGGAUGUGCCCUUGAUCUAUAUACGUCCUUGGCUGUGUUUCUGAUAUUGCCGAUGAAGCUGGAAGGUGGAAAAGGAGGAGGGGGGUGGAUGGGAUGAGGGGGCAGGAAGGAAGGUGGAGACUCUUUCACACUCCUCCUAAAAAAAGAAUGUAAAAAAUAUUUAAUUGAGCACUGGUAGUGUGUUAGGGGAGGGUGACAUGACCUGCCCCUCAGAAAGUUUUUAAAGUCCAUGCUGGAUUCAGGCCUGGAAAAACCAUGUGGGCGAGGCCCAAGGUGGUGGCGGUGGUUGUGAGUGGCGUCCCUGGCUUUUUGCUCUGCCUGGCGUGGCCUCCCGUGCCCAGGGAGGUGAUGCCGGCACGGGGAUCGAGGUGGAGCGAGUCCCCUUUGCUUCUGCUUGCAAAACCAGCAGUCUUCUCUGGAGAUGCUGCGUGCACUCCCCAGUCCAGUCAGUGCUUAUGGAGGAAAGGGGAGAGGGUUGGAUGAGGCUCCCCUCCAGUGUGCCUGCCAGGAAUGACCAGGUGUGCGGCUUAUUGGGAGCCUAAACCACCUUGGAGGGGGUCUGACUCCAAAGCACAGCGUUCCUGAGCUCCCUGUCAGGUGGCAACUGGCCCGGAGCGGAUGUGCUGUGCAUCUCCUCUUGGACUAACAAGGCACCACUCGAACAAGGACUGUUGCAUGUGACGGCUGCUCUGGCUUAUGAUCUGGGGCUGGGGUGGGUGGGCAUUAGGGGUCUGAUCGUGCCUCCUGCUUUUCAAAGGUCGCACUGGCGCUGUGCCCGCUGCAUUGUCUUCACGCGUCUCUUCCAGGCUCCCAGUGCUACUGGGAUGGAAUUGCAGGUUCUUCGCUCUUGUGUAGUCGCUGCAGCCAUUCUGCUGUUUGUCCCAGACAUAUUGUAAAUAGAUUUGAAUCGUAUAUAUAAAUAUAUAUAAUUUUUUACAUCAUCUCCAUCUCUUUA